AUGAAUAAUAAUUCACGUUUGACCCGUACUGCAGUUGUAUAUAUCCAUCCUCCAAUCAUGCCCAACCAAAAAUCAUCACAUAACAACCCUCUUCAACAGCAAAUAAUUUCCAAAUUACUGGAAAAAGACAUUUCACGAUGGAACUGCAAGGACGUUGCUGCAUGGCUUGAUCUCAUGAAAAUGUCGCACUUAAAACUCGCCUUUGUUCAAAAUCAAAUUUCUGGCGAAGAAUUAUUGGAAUUAACGGAUAGCGAAUUAAUGAAUGAAUUAAAAGUGAGCAGUGAACAUGAACGAAGAACGAUUCGAGAAUUGAAAGACAAUCGAACGAAUUGGAUUAAAUUAUUGAAAAAUUCAAGUCCUCUCAGUAUCACAAGUGACAAUCAUCAAAUAGAUUUGUCACCACUACAAGAAAGUCAUCAUCAUGUCUCUCAGCAACCAUAUCCUCUUCAUCCCCAUUUAACAAUUAACACUUCCAAUAAUUACCACACUGUUUUGGGUAAUAACAACAGAAAUAGCACAACUCAACCUAAAACUCAAUUAACACCGACCUUGCCAUCUCAUGAUUCUUCAUUGGAGUUGGAUCAAAUUUCCGAUGAUGGUUUGGAAGAUUUGACCAGUAUUGGAGGAAUUUUCAUGAAGAAUGUAUCGUCGGCUGAGAAAUUGGAUUGUGUGUUGGAUUCCAUUUAUAAGGAUUGUGAUUCUCUAAAAUUUAAAUUGUAUAAGAAUAAUGAUAUUCAUGUCGUGACGCUCAAAAAGAUUGGUUUUUCAUACAAUUCGUUAAAAUUGGAAAUUAUUGAACGAUUUCAAUUUUUUAAACCUUUGAUUCGAUAUAAGGAUCAUGAGGGCUAUUUAAUUAGAAUUUCCACAGACGCUGAUUUGGCAAGAGUGUUAUUUACUCAUCACACUGAGGGAAGUGAUAUUCUACAGCCCAUUAAAUUAGUGAUUGAAAAUGACAUGACGAAUAACAUGUCGACACCAACGGCAACAAGUCCAAAAGGUUUAUUCAUACCAAACACACAGCCACAUUUAGAAGCCACAAUUACUAAUAAUUUGAAUGCUAAAAUUCUCAAAUUAGAACUUGAAAAUGCAGAAAAGAAUGAAACGAUUCGAGAAUUGGAACAGAAACUUUCCGCUCAAAUGCAAGAAUCUGAAAAACAAUUGACUCUCUCCAAGAGUUUGCAAGAAGAAAUCAGCACGUUGAAACUGCAGCUGUAUAGUAUGAAAAAUGGAGUGAUUUUUAACACUGGAACACUGAAACAGAAUGAAGAGAUUACAGAGUAUAUUAAACUUUGUAAAACACUCCAGCAUGCGUUGGGAAAUGCACAAAACAAAUUGUUUGAAAUGAUUGGAACAAAUGGAGCAUUCACGGAAUAA